CAGAAUCUAGCAAAAUUACAGCACAAAAUAUAGCUGAUUUAUUUGUUAUAGCAAUGAAAGUUAGACAAAAAGAGAUUUUAUGCUGGUAUUGCUACUAUAAAACAUAUGAGGAUCGAAUCGAAGACAUUAAACGUAUAAAUAAAAUUGAUGACCAAUCAGCAAGAACAUUA